GUUGAGAAAAUGAAAUUGAGACAAGAGCUUAAGGCCAGAACUGAUGAGCUAGAGGAAACUAUAUCGCAUUAUUCAGUUGAGAUUGGCAAACUUAAUACCAUAAUUGUGGAACUAGAGAAAAAUAAGACAGUUAUAGCUAAACUCGAGUCUGAAAAUGCAGAAUUUAGAGAUAGGAUCAUGAAAGUAGAGCAGAGGCAGAUGCUAAGUGAUAAUGUUUCUAAGGUAAUCAAUUCUUCUAAUAACAGCUCGCCUAACUUCAAUUCGCUUGCAGAUCAGUUACCUAUGGAAAUGGAUACUUCAUUACCUGAAGAACCGAUACCAGAAGGGUUACCAGAGCUAGCUGUUAAUAUACCUAAAAAUAAUGAUGAUAACAUUGAGUUCACUAAAAGUCAGGUUGUAGAGCAAGAAUUAACAAAAGAAUUGCUCAGCAGUAUCAUUUCUGCUCCAUUAAUCUCUUUUGAUGCUACGGAACAGAUACCUUCGAUUAAUGCUCCUUUGAUUUCAGCUAAGGUAACCACAUCUCAUACCUUCAAUUCAAAAAAUAAGAUAAGUAUAUUAUCCAAUUCAUCUCCAGAAAAUGAUCAAGAUUUAAAAUUACCGGAAGUUAAAGUAAAUACAUUUACCAAAGAUACUGAGGAUGAAGAUGAUAAUAAGGAAUCUUCUAAUGAUGAUAACUCCGAUGAUGAGGGUUCCUUUAAUAACAAUAAAGAUGAUAGAGAGUUCUGUGGUUUUUCUGAUAAUGAGGAUGAAAGAUAUUAUUACAAUUUAAAUACCGGCGAAAUUUAUAGAAAAUCAGAUCAUUUAAUUAGCGCAUUUAACAAUAGAUAUUUUAUGUUCGUUUCGGUCAGUAAAAAAUAA